CGGGUUUGGGAAGAUUCCCGGUAUUCUCGCCCGUCCCUUGGGGAGCAGCUGAGGACCGGAAGGUGCAUCCGAGGGCCGAAAAGCGCUCUGAGACUUAGCCGGAGUUCAAGGACCAAGGCUCCCCUCAAACCAUUUUACAGAUAGGAAAACUCGAGACCCAGAGAAGGGAACCACUCGACCAAGUCACCCCAAGCCAAGAACCGAAGGCGGAAACAGAGUCUUCUCCGCGAGGAUGGGACUGCACGCCCGCACAGUGCAUGCGGGAGCUGUGGCCGAAGCCCAACACUAACAGUGGCUGACCAGGGAUCGAGACUGCGUGGAGGGCUGGAUCCUUCCUUGCCUCGGUUUCCCGAGUACUACCUCUGGUGGGGGUCGGGAGACGAGGCAAGUGGCCAAAAGGGCGCCUGCCAGGACUGUCCCCGCGCCUCCUCAAGUCUGAUCGAAAUUCCUUUAGCAAGCUACCUCCCCGCCCCUUAAAAUACGGUCCUCCCGUUCGAGCCUCUCGGCGUUCUACUGGAAAGACUCCAGGGUCCCAGUCUAUUCUCCAGAAUGAACUGCUCAGACUACCGCGGGAGCUUUCCUGGAACUGCUAACUGCGCAGGCGCAAGGGCCGCCCACCCGGAAGGCGGAAGAACCGGGUCCCGACGCCGUUGGGAGGGUCGGGGGCGGAGUGUGUGUUAACCAAUGACCUGAAGGAGCAGGGAGGGCGGGAUCAGGCCCGCAGUUGCUAAGCGCUACCCUGGAGGGAGGUGAUUUAGGCAAUGGGGCGAAGGGUGGUUCGAUGGCCCUUCACGUCAAUAUCUUUCUGGCCCUCGGAAGUUAAGCAACGAAGAGGCGGACCUACGACCGGAAGCAGGAAGGAGGGCGCAGGAAGCAGGGUGUUGCAGCUGGUCGUGCGGUCGGUCCGUGAGUCUAUCCGUCCCGAGGGCAGGAUGGAGAAACUGCGGCUUCUGAGCCUCCGCUACCAGGAGUACGUGACUCGUCACCCGGCCGCCACGGCCCAGCUGGAGACUGCAGUGCGGGGCCUCAGUUACCUGCUGGCAGGUCGCUUCUCCGAUUCUCACGAGCUGUCAGAGCUGGUGUAUUCUGCCUCUAACCUGCUCGUGCUGCUUAAUGAUGGGAUCCUGCGGAGAGAGCUCCGGAAAAAGUUGCCUGUGUCGCUGUCCCAGCAGAAGCUGCUGACAUGGCUGAGCGUGCUGGAGUGUGUGGAAGUGUUCAUGGAGAUGGGGGCCGCCAAGGUGUGGGGUGAAGUGGGCCGUUGGCUCGUCAUCGCCCUCAUCCAGCUGGCCAAGGCUGUCCUGCGGAUGUUCCUGCUGAUCUGGUUCAAGGCUGGCCUCCAGACCUCACCCCCCAUUGUUCCGCUGGACAGGGAGACCCAGGCACGGCCCCCUGAUGGUGACCAGAGCACUGGCAGCCAGGAGCAGUCGUACGUGGGGAAACGGUCAAACCGAGUGGUACGAACCCUCCAGAACACCCCAUCCCUGCACUCGAGGCACUGGGGAGCCCCCCAGCAGCGGGAGGGACGGCAGCAACAGCAGCAGCGCGAGGAGCUGAGUGUCACCCCCACCCCUCUGGGCCUGCAGGAGACCAUCGCAGAGUCCUUGUACAUCGCCCGGCCGCUGCUGCACUUGCUCAGCCUGGGCCUGUGGGGUCAGCGGUCGUGGACACCCUGGCUCCUCUCUGGGGUCGUGGAUGUGACCAGCCUGAGCCUCCUGAGCGACAGGAAGGGCCUGAGCCGGAGGGAGCGGCUGGAGCUGCGGCGACGGACCAUCUUGCUGCUCUACUACCUGCUGCGCUCCCCGUUCUACGACCGCUUCUCCGAGGCGAGGAUCCUCUUCCUGCUCCAGCUGCUGGCAGACCACGUUCCGGGUGUUGGCCUGGUGGCAAGGCCGCUCAUGGAUUACCUGCCUGCCUGGCAGAAAAUUUAUUUCUACAGUUGGGGCUGACCUAUCCCAGGAGUGGGUGCAGGGAGGGGCAGGGGUGCCCCAGCCGCUCGGUCCCCCAGGGCCCCUUCACCCUAAUAAACCGACUCUGGCAGCGA